ACUGUAUGUCCCAACUCUCUCUCUCUCUCUCUCUCUCGCUCUCUCUCUGGUUUUUCCUUGGUUGUUGGAGGUCUGGAGGAUCAACCCUUGCAUGUGUUUGUUGAAUACAAGUUUUGUGUAUUGCUCUUGAAGUCUUUAGCCUUUGUGUUGUUUUGUGGGGUUGAGAAGAUUAGAAGAGAAAUGGAUGAUGAAUAUGCCAAGCUUAUCAGGAGGAUGAACCCUCCCAGGUGCGUGUGUGAGAGAUUGAAGGGGAGGAAGGGGUCAACAUGCUUCAUCUGAUUCAGCUCUUGUUCUUGCAGAGUUGUGAUCGACAACAAUGCUUGCAAGGAUGCCACUGUUAUCCAGGUUGACAGUGUAAACAGACAUGGGAUUCUCUUGGAAGUUGUCCAAGUUCUUACUGAUAUGAACCUUGUAAUAACAAAAGCAUACAUCUCAUCUGAUGCUGGAUGGUUCAUGGAUGUGUUUAAUGUGAUUGACCAUGAUGGGAACAAAAUCACAGAUAAGGAAGACAUUGAUUAUAUUCAAAGGAGACUCGAAAGUAAUGCCAGCUUUGCACCCUCAUUGAGAGGGUCUGUAGGGGUAAUGCCCUCAGAAGAGUACACCUCGAUAGAGCUCAGUGGUACUGACAGGCCUGGCUUAUUGUCUGAAGUGUGUGCAGUUCUUGCAGACCUUGGCUGUAAUGUGGUGAAUGCUGAGAUAUGGACGCACAAUGCUAGGGCUGCAGCUGUAGUUCAUGUCACAGAUGAAUCCACUGGGUGUGCAAUCAAAGAUCCAACACAUCUCUCGACAAUUAAGGAUUUGCUUUGCAAUGUCCUCAGGGGAGACGAUGACUUGAAGACUGCAAAUAUGAAGCUUUCACCCCCCGGAGUGACAAAUAGGGGGAGAAGGUUACAUCAAAUUAUGUUUGCUGACAGGGACUAUGAGAGAGUUGGGGGGACUGGAGUUGAGGGAGUUGAGAAUAAGAGUCCAAGACCUCAUGUAACGUUGUUCGACUGCAUCCAGAAGGAAUACACCGUGAUUACUAUGAGGUCAAAAGAUCGGCCAAAACUGUUGUUCGACAUCAUUUGUACUUUGACUGACAUGCAGUAUGUAGUGUUUCAUGGAGUGGUCAAAACGGGGAGGAUGGAAGCUUAUCAGGAAUUUUUUAUUCGGCAUGUUGAUGGGCUCCCUAUAAGUUCAGAAGCUGAGCGAGAACGUGUUGCACAGUGCCUUGAAGCCGCCAUUGAAAGGCGGGCAUCUGAGGGAAUGGAGCUUGAAUUGUGCACAGAAGACCGAGUUGGACUCCUCUCAGAUAUAACCAAGAUAUUCCGGGAGAACAGUUUAUGCAUUAAAAGAGCAGAAAUUUCGACAAAGGGUGGAAAAGCCAUAGACACUUUCUAUGUCACGGAUGUCACCGGUAAUGCUGUUGACCCCAAGAUGAUAGAUUCAAUUUGUAGACAGAUAGGCCACACGAUACUGAAGGUGAAGAAGCAUAGGUCCAAUGCUUCACCACCCAAGGCCCCUCAAGGAACCACAAUGGGAUUCCUCUUUGGGAAUUUGUUUAAAGCUCGAAGUUUCCAAAACUUCAAAUUAAUCAGAUCCUACUCUUAAUUAUCUUCCUGUACAUUCUCGGAGGUAGAAACUGUACAGACAUAUCAGAAUGUUGCAGCAUCCCAGAAAUGUAUUGGGAUUGUAACGAUGUAAAUAGGAAGCCGAACCUCUUGUUCAAUGGUGUGCAUGCCAUACAGAAGAAACCCGCAAACCACUUUAUACUGUGAAUAGUAUUCAGUAUUGGUUGUAGGGUCUGUAUGUUCUUAUGCCCACUAAGUACGUUAUGUACAGCGUUAAUGUUACAUGGUUGUACAAAGCUAUAAAGGCUAUAUAGAUAGUUUAGCUCAAUGAAAGAUACUAUAUGUAUUUUAAUUGACUGACAAAAAUUACAGAAAAAAAUAUACAAAAUGCCACUCUUUGUUCUAAGGCCCAAACAUGUUGA